UCAACAACAACAAAAAUAUAUCCAGUGCCGGUAGGUUUCGCUCACAUCCUCCUCGCUCGUCGCUCCAUGCCGCCGCCGGCCGCCGCUAUCCUCCGCCGCGGCGUCUACCCUCGCGGAUAGCUUUCCUCCUCCUCCUCCAUCGAUCCGUUCGUUUCUCCCCACAGCGGGAUGGCGGUCGAGCGACUCACCGACGACAUCCUGAUCGAGAUCCUCUCGCGCGUCCCGGCCAAGUCGCUCUGCCGCUUCAAGUGCGUCUCCAGGCACUGGCUGAGCCUCACAACCGAUCCCCACCACCGCAAGAAGCUCCCCCAAAACCUCGCCGGCUUCUUCAACAGCAGGGACAUUGAGGAGGAGCCCAUCCUGGUCCUGGAUUUAGUUCUGCACUUCACACGUGCCCCGGGAUGCCGCCGCUGCCCUCUGAUGCACCCUGUCUUGGGCUUCCUGCCCUGCCGCAUGUGGGUCGGGAUCUUGGACUGCUGCAACGGCCUCCUCCUCUGCCGCCGGUAUGACAUCUUAACCUACGGCGGCGAGUACAGUUACCUUGUAUGCAAUCCGGCCACGGAGAAGUGGGUCCAGUUGCCGGACUCUGGCCAGUCCAACAUGAUGGGUAUUGCACGUCUGGGCUUUGAACCGGGCGUGUCGUUACACUUCUAUGUGUUUGAGUUGGAGCAGGACCGUCGCCGGGGCUCCAGCCUCACUAGAGUUGCUGUGUAUUCGUCGGAAACCGGAAGAUGGAUUCAUAAGUACAAGGGAUGGAACCAAGGCACCAGUUUCCGUGAUCAUCGGUCGGCAACUGUCUUUCUUAACGGCUAUCUGCAUUUUGACACCUCUGACAGUGAGCAGUCCCGAUGUCUGGCUGCGGUGGAUACCAAGGGGGAAACGUGGAAACAUUUCAGUGUCCCUGCAGGUGGUCUGAGGAAAGGUUAUAUUAAUCAGUCACAGGGCUGCUUGCAUUAUGCUAAUUUUCAGAGAGGUGAAGAUGAUGAUGAUGAUGAUGAUGAUGCUGUUCGAUUGGUAGUUUAUAUUCUCGAGAACUAUGGCAGCAAAGAGUGGACAUUGAAGCAUAGUGUGGAAAGUUCAUACGUAUUUGGGGGGAUACCUGUUGACAUUGAUAGAGGUUUUGAUUGGAUUGCGAUUCAUCCAAACUGUAACUCGAUCUUCUUCACUCUGGGACAACGGGAUACCACAUUCAUGUGCUAUAACAUGGAUCUUCGGCAAGCCAAAGUGAUCCCAUUCCCUGCUCAUAGAGAUGACCGGCCACCGUAUCUGCCAUAUGUGCCCGUCUACUCAGAGUUACAACCUUUGCACACUUGACAUCAGUACUAAACUGCUGGUGCCUUUAUAAGGUGUUGAUCUUCGACAGGACUCCAUUGUUCAUGCGUAUGAGUAGCGGGGUUUAGUAUGUGUGCUUCAAUUUGGUUCUAAUUUUGUCUACCUGGAAUGCUGGUUCAUUAAGGAAGCAACUUGGCUGAUUUCUCUUAAAGUGCAUACCGAUAGUACCUCCACGUGCUCCCUUAGCUUCACGGACUGUUUGAGCGAAGGUACCAUGACUAUUUAGCAAGAGACAUGAUCAAGGAUUACCAUACAGAUUAUACUUAUAUCUUCUAUUUUUAGUCGGGGAAAGGAGAAGCAUCUCAUUGUCGGAGACCAAGUAAACUUUCUUUAUUAUGUGCUUUUCCAAUGCUGAAACACUUUGAUGAAUACAGUGUCACUUCCUAAUUUGCUGUGAGUUACUUCUGGCGUGUUUUAAAUAGGAAAUGUUGUUAGCAGAACAUCAGCAAGCCUUUUUUAUUUUUGAAGGUAAAGCGGAAGUAAUAAGACCCAACAGUUUCUUGGA